AUGACUCCACUCAUACUCAACCAUGCGGACGACGAUGUUCCACCUCUUGACAAAACCUUCAAUGGUUAUUCGACGCUGCCCAAUGAAUACCACCACGGUUGUAUGAAUGGAAACCCGUUGAAAGACGAUAAAACUAUGCCCAUUGCUAUCGUGGGAAUGAGUUUCCGUGGACCCGCUGAUGCAACCAAUGUUGAAAGUCUCUGGGAGAUGAUAUGUGAACGCCGAGAGGGUUGGAGUGAGGUUCCUAAAGAAAGAUGGAAUAACGAUGCCUUUUACCAUCCUGACAAUACCAGACAUGGAACGGUGAGCGUUGAACAUUUUGAUCCCACAAAAAUGAAAUGCAACCACUCUAACACACCUCCAUUCAAGAUUAACGUCAAGGGCGGCCACUUUUUCUCGGAGGACCUUGCUCACUUCGAUGCGCCUUUUUUUAACAUGACCAACGCAGAAGCAGCGGCAUUGGAUCCCCAACAACGCCUUCUGCUAGAAGGAACGUUCGAAGCUCUAGAAAAUGGCGGUAUUACUUUAGAGAAAAUCAUGGGCAGCAAAACCUCUUGCUUCGUUGGCUCUUUCUCUGGCGACUACACAGAUAUGCUUUUGCGUGAUCCAGACUCCGUGCCCAUGUACCAGUGCACGAAUGCAGGCCAAUCGCGCGCCAUCACGGCGAACCGAAUUUCUUAUUUUUUCGACUUGAAAGGCCCUAGUGUUACUGUAGACACCGCUUGCUCAGGAAGUCUUGUGGCACUCCAUCUAGCUUGCCAAAGUAUCCGGACUGGCGAUGCGAAAACAGCCAUUGCGGCGGGUGUAAAUACAGUUUUAAGCCACGAAUUCAUGAGUACCAUGAGUAUGAUGAGGUUUCUUUCACCGGAUGGACGCUGCUACACUUUUGACGAACGUGCCAAUGGCUACGCGCGGGGCGAAGGAGUGGGCUGCUUAAUCUUGAAACCACUAAAAGAUGCAUUGAGAGACAACGAUACAAUUCGUGCUGUGAUUCGUGGAUCAGGUUCAAACCAGGAUGGCAAGACAUCGGGAAUCACUCUUCCUAGUGGUGCCGCACAGGAGGAAUUGGUGCGAAACGUCUAUGAAGCGGCAGGUCUCGAUCCCCUGGAGACAGAAUAUGUUGAAGCUCAUGGUACUGGCACACAGGCUGGUGAUCCUCAGGAGACUGGAGCUCUUUCCAGAGUAUUCUGCCCUGGUCGAUCGUCGGAUAAGCCUCUACGUGUGGGAUCCAUCAAAACUAACGUCGGGCAUCUGGAAGGCGCCAGUGGCAUUGCUGGUGUUAUUAAGGCAACUAUGAUGCUUGAGAAUCGUAUGUUUCUUCCAAAUAGAAACUUCGAAACCCUGAACCCGCGAAUUCCUCUCGAUCUAUGGAAGCUUAAGGUGCAGCUUGACAUUGAGCCUUGGGAAACUGAUGGUCCGCAUCGAGUCUCAGUGAACAGCUUUGGAUACGGUGGAAGCAAUGCUCAUGUGAUUCUAGAGGAUGCAGCAGGAUACCUGAAAUCGCACGAAAUGAAGGGAUAUUAUCGUAAUCCAAAGGCAAUCGCUCCGAGGGAUUCCAAGGAACACUCUAAUAGCAACCACACUACGGAUGAGAGCAGUCAUUCCAAGCGUUUUACCAACGCCCACUCCGACAACAUCUUAAAUGGUGAAAAAAAGGAAGAAAACGGUCAUUCUCAGCGAAAACAAUUGCUUGUGCUAUCAAGCUUCGAUGAAGCGUCCGGAAAGCGACAAUCAGAUCGCUUGCAAAAAUAUCUACUUGCUCGGAAGCAUUUAGCUAAUGAAGAGUUCAUGACCAAUCUUGCAUUUACUCUCAACAACAGGAGAACAAGUUUCAUGUGGAAGGUAGCAAUCUCUGGAUCUAAUGUACAAGAAGUUGCACAAACGUUGUCAAAAGGAGUGAAAUUCUCCCGCGCAAUGAAGAAGCCUACUCUGGGUUUUGUAUUCACGGGCCAGGGCGCUCAGUGGUGUGGGAUGGGAAAGGAGCUCUUAGCUGCGUAUCCCGUCUUUUCUGACUCAAUAAACAAGAUCGGCGCAUACUUGAAAAGCCUAGGCGCACCUUUUGACGUUAAAGAGGAGAUUACAAGGGACCCCAGCGGAUCACAGAUCAAUCUAGCCCUGUACAGCCAACCCAUGUGUUCCGCAGUCCAGAUCGCUAUCGUUGACUUGCUAUAUUCCUGGGGAAUCAAACCCGCUUCUGUGACUGGGCAUUCAAGUGGCGAAAUUGCUGCUGCCUAUACAGCAGGUGUGCUGAGCAUGGAAGAUGCAAUGGCAGUAGCAUAUUAUCGAGGGGUUGCAUCAACUCUGAUGCUAACCAUAUCUCAGACACAAGGUGCUAUGAUGGCAGUCGGACUAUCUAAGGAAGAUGCAGAACCUUACUUAUCUAAAUUGCAGUUUGGAAAAGCUGUUAUUGCUUGUGUUAACAGUCCGUCAAGCAUCACUAUCUCUGGUGAUGUAUUGGCCAUUGAUGAGCUGAAGGGUAUCCUUGACGACCAAAAGAUCUUUGCACGCAAACUAGCAGUUGAGGUUGCCUAUCAUUCUCAUCAUAUGCAGCUAGUUAGCGAAGAAUAUUAUCAGCUCAUUUCUAAAAUCAACACAAAAAUCGCCGCGGAUGAAAUAACUGAAUCUGUCGAAUUCUUUUCCUCCGUCACCGGGUCUAAAGCAGUGGCUUCGGAAUUAGGUCCAAAUUAUUGGGUGAAGAACAUGCUUGGUCAAGUAAAGUUCGCCGACUCGGUUCGUCAGCUCUGCUUAGAAACUACAGACCCUACAAACCGCACGAAAGGAGCCGGUAGAAAAACCCGCAAACGAGCGGGGGCAGCUACCAAGGCCAGCGUGGACCAUAUAAUCGAAAUCGGACCUCACUCGGCGUUGGCGGGACCAAUCAAGCAGAUAAUCAAGGCCAAUGAAACAUUGAGUUCUGCAUCGAUUGCCUAUUCAAGUGCGCUGGUCCGUAAGGUAAAUGCAGUUUCUUCCAUCCUGGACCUCGCAGGCAAUCUUGUUAUGGCUGGCUGGCCUCUAGACCUCAUCGCAUUGAACUCACCUCAUGGGGUUGGCACGAACUAUGAGAGGCAAGCACUUGUUGAUCUUCCACCAUAUCCGUGGAACCACAGCAAUACAUACUGGGCUGAACCUCGCCUGAGUAAAGUUUAUCGAAACAGGAAAUUUCCUCGUACCGAUCUCCUCGGGGUCUUGGAUAGAUAUUCUAGUCCUUUAGAGCCACGGUGGCGCAAUCAUAUUCGGACCACGGAGAUCCCCUGGGUGAACGAUCAUAAGAUUCAAUCAAACAUUGUGUAUCCAGCGGCAGGGUACAUUGUCAUGGCCAUCGAGGCAAUGCACCAGUGGAUGCCUGAGCACUACCCGGAGGGAACCAUCUCUGGGUAUACUUUGCGUGAAGUAAAUAUUGGUGCUGCCCUUGUCAUUAGUGAGCAAAGCGCCGUAGAAGUCAUGAUCUCCCUGAGGCCAUACAGAGUGAGUGCUCGAGGGGUGUCGAAAGUUUGGCGCGAAUUCUCUAUUCUAUCAGUGACAGAAGAAAAUAAAUGGACCGAACACUCGAGUGGUCUCAUCUGCGCGCACUUCGAGGCCGAUACAAGCAACAAUUUAAAGCAAGAUGCGGAAGUCUUGCAUCAGACUCUCGCCGAGAUCUACGCAAAAUGCGAUAUGCAAGUAAACGUCAACGAGUUCUAUAAGCAUCUAAGACAACUUGGUCUGGAAUAUGGAGAGACGUUUGCUAAUAUGACAGAAGCAUAUUCAGCGACAGACAGUUGUGUUGCUGAAAUCACUAUCUCGGACACUGCUGCCACAAUGCCGAUGAAUUUCCAAUACCCAUUUGUCAUUCACCCGAGUACAUUGGACAGCAUGUUUCACCCCAUUUUUGUAGCAUUGUCUGCCGAGCGUGGGUUGAUUCAAGACCCUGCUGUUCCUAUUGCCGUCGACGAGGUUUAUGUAUCGAACUCAUUGAAGACAACGCCUGGACACAGAUUCAGUGUAUAUGUCUGCACCGAGAAGAAAGACGAAAGCAAUAUUGUAGCUUCAAUCGUCGCUGUGGACAAAGAGGAAGACGUAUCAUCUCACAUGGAGCAUGUGGGAUUGUCUAUCAAAGGUUUGACCUGCAGGGUACUCCCACGAGAAGUGGGCAAUGGCACGGAUGAAGAAAGAGAACGAACGGCCUAUAAUAUAAAAUGGAAUGCUGAUCCGGAGCUUUUGUCUGCCGCAGGAAUAGCCAGUAUGUGCACAAGCUCACAGCCGUCUGAAGAUGAUCUUCAACAGCUCCGGUUAUAUGAGAAGUGUUCAUCAGUCUAUGUUGCCGAUGCUGUAUCCCAGUUAGACUCCAAAGACAUACCGGCGGAGAAGCCUCACAUACAAAAACUUUGGAAACUUCUCAAGGCUUCUAACAUCAAAAUUUCCGUUUCUGACGACGAAAAAGCCUGGAUAACUGAGCAGACAAAACGAUCCGGCCCUGAAGGAGAAUUACUAUGCACCCUUGGCGACAACCUACUGUCGAUACUCAGGGAUGGAAUUGAUCCUUGGAACAUUAUGAUGACUGAAAACCGGCUAGACGCAUACUUGAACGACACCAGCAGAUUGGUUCGCAACUAUAAGAUUGCAGCAAAAUAUGUGCGCCUUCUAGGGAAUAAAAACCCGCAACUUUCAUUAUUAGAGAUAGGAGCUGGUACCGGAGAGGCUUCCUUGCCAAUUUUACAAGCUCUUAGUGAAGGCAAUACAUCCGUCUGGUUAAAACGGUAUACAUUCACAGAUCUCAACACUGAUAUGUUCGAGGUCGCGCAGAAGAAGCUCUCGGAUUGGGCCGAUCUCAUUAAAUUUAAAGAAUUCGACGUCGCAGGUAGUCUUGAGGAACAAGGAUUCAAAAGUCACAGUUACGAUGUAGUGAUUCUUGGUCAUGGCAUUCAUCUGGCUAAAUCCACAGACCGAAUGCUGAAGAAUAUCCGUAACUUGCUCAAGGACGAAGGGAAGUUUAUUUUCGUUGACGAAGUUUACCAGAACGAAAGCAUUGAACGAUCCCUGGUUUCAGGCACUUUUUCAAGCUUGUGGGAGGACGAUGUUGAAGGGAAAUACCGUGUCAAUGCAUAUACAGAGGACGACUGGCACCAGGCACUACUCGAUGCUCGAUUCUCGGGGAUGGAAGUGUGUCUUCGGGACGCAGCUAGCCAUGGAUCUUCUGUAAUGAUAUCCAAAGCCGUUGGAGAUGGCUUCCCUUCGCCAGCCCUCGACAUCCUUCUCAUUACUGAAGAUGGAGACUGUGGAGUUUCAGAAUCUUCACUCUUAGAUCACUUGAAGACAGCUGGGGCUAGAGUUGAGACUUGCAGAUUCAAUGAAGCCCACCCCGAUGGCCGCACCUGCAUUGUCCUCAGUGACCUAAGCUUUCCAGUUUUGGCAAAAUCAGAUGCUACCGCAUUUGAGAUUGUGAAAUCUCUUUUUCUACACAGUACGGGAGUCUUAUGGGUCACUCGAGGAGGUUCCGGUUUGACUAUUAAUCCUAAUGCAAGCCUCAUCACCGGUUUUGCAAGAACAGCGCGGGCAGAGGCGGAUGGCGCCAACAUCGUUACUUUGGAUUUAGAUGGACAAACACCCUUGUCCCCGGAACGAGCUGCUGAGACAAUUGCCAGCUUAUUCAGACACCGGUUCGUUACAAGAGCCAACACGACGGAGCAAGAUGUCGAAUAUGCAGAACGACAAGGAAUUAUCUCUAUUCCGCGGGUUACUGAGAGUAUCGGUUUAAACAGAGAUCUCGAAUCAAUCCUUGGGCGAGCUUCUCCUACAACCCAGGCCUUGUAUCAGCCAGGCCGGAAGCUCCGCCCUAUAGUUGCCACUGCUACUGAUAUGAACUCUAUGCACUUUGUUGAUGAGCCAAUGCAGCAAUUGCCUGAUGAUUAUGUGCAAAUUGAGGUUAGAGCAUCAGGAAUCAAUAAGAGCGAUUCACUACUAGCGAGAGGCCAACGCCCGUUAGGCGCCGAGUGUAGUGGCAUUGUUUGUGCCAUUGGAAAGUCCGUUAUGGAUCUAUCAGUUGGAGAUCGAGUUUUAUGCUUGGGCUCCGGCACCAUCACCAAUUAUCACCAGGACAAGGAAUCCGCCUUUCAGAAGGUUCCUGAGGAUAUGAGUUUUGAACACGCUGCUGCAUUACCGGCUGCCUAUUGCACUGCGUAUUACGUCGUAUACAACCUGGCUCGGAUCGUUAAGACGGACUCGGUGCUUAUUCAUAAUAUUGCAGAACCAACAGGACAAGCAAUCUUGGAACUCUGCAAUCUGAUCGGAGCUCGAGUAUUCGGAACCGUUAGUGAGGCUUCACAAAAGAAAUACGUCGUAAAACAAUUGCCUAUCCCGGAAGAAAAUAUCCUAUAUUAUUGCCAUACGACUUUUGCCAAGGAAAUAAUUCGCAUGACGAACAAGAAAGGUGUUGACGUUUUAGUGAAUUGCCUUGACGGAGACACAGAAAUGCGCCGUUUUUCUUGGAGCUGUGUCGCUUCAUAUGGCCGUUUUAUCGAUUUGGGAUCACGGGGAAUAGCUGACAAUAGCCGUCUAGAAAUGGGUAACUUUGCCAAAAAUUCCCUUUUUGCCUCAUUUGAUCUCCUCAGUUUGCUAAAGGAGAAGACGUCUGUUGCCCAGAAAGUAUGGGCAGAUGUGAUGUGUUUAUUCCGUACCAAGGCGAUACGCGGUUUUAGCUCGUUGCUCGUUCAUGACGUCUCAGAUAUUGGCAAGGCAUUGACUGAGAUGGAAUCAGGCGGAAGGCUUGGUAAGACAGUCAUCGUUGCUAAACCCGGAAGUGUCGUAAAGGCUCUCCCCAGAGACAAGAGUGGUGAAUUGCUUCGGAACGAUAUGUCUUACCUCCUGGUCGGCGGUCUUGGUGGUAUCGGACGAGCAACGGCUUCGUGGAUGAUUGACCGUGGCGCAAAAUUCAUCAUAUUUGCCAACCGGAGUGGCCUGUCCAGAGAGGAAUCUAAAGAUACGAUCCGACAGCUAGAGGCCAAAGGGGCCAAGGUAGCCGUGUAUAGCUGUGAUAUUAUCGACGAAUCAGAUGUUAUUGGAAUGGUGAAAAGUGCGUCCAGAGAGAUGCCACCAAUCAAAGGUGUCAUUCAAGCAGCUAUGGUGCUUCGGGACACAUUGAUUGAAAACAUGUCGUUUGAGGAGUUUUCUGCCUCUCUGAAACCCAAGUUCAAUGGAACAUGGAAUCUUCACAAUCAUCUCCCAAAGAAUAUGGAUUUUUUCGUGAUGCUAUCCUCAAUUAGCGGAGUCAUUGGAAAUGCCAGCCAAGCGGCGUACGCAGCCGGAAAUACGUUUAUGGAUGCCUUUGCAGGAUUCCGUAAUAGUCUGGGCUUGCCUGCUGUUGCUUUAGAUCUUGGUGUAAUCACAGGGGUCGGCUAUCUAUCUCAAAAUACUGAGCUACUUGCUGCCAUGGAGCGUCAAGGAUUCCAAGGCACAGAUGAACGGACGCUGAUGGCUCUGAUACAAACAGCUAUAUCCCAGCCUCAUCGACAAGAUUCAGACGCUCAAAUUGUGACUGGGUUGGGAUCUUGGAAAGAUGGGAAAUCACUCGGCAAUUUUGAUCAGGCUAUCUUUUCUCAUUUUCGUCGGCAGUUUUCUGGAGGAGAAAACUCAAGCGAAGAGGGAACCUCGGCAGAUCAACUCAAGGAGAAUCUCCGAGCGUGCAAGACCCUCGAAGAGGCGGCGAGUGUUAUAUGUGCAGCGCUCAUCGAACAUAUUGCCGCUCGACUGGAAACACCUGCUGAAAAUAUUAACUCGUCCAAGUCUUUAUCAGACUACAGUAUCGACUCCUUGGUGGCAGUGGAGAUCCGCACAUGGAUUGCGAAAGAGAUGAGCAGCACGAUUCCAAUCUUGGAAUUAUUGGCCAGCUCUUCACUCUUGCAGUUAUCCGAGAAGAUUGCGACUCGUUCAACUCUAGUCAAAGUGCCAGAGAUGUCGUCCUAA